AUGAAUACCAGUGGUGCAGAGAAUCUGCAUACGAACAAUGGUGAGGGGGAGAGGCCAUCGCGCAGCGGCCAUCGCGGUGACACGGGAAGCGUCGAUCCAACGGAAUCUGGCCCCGGCUGGAUUCACGAGCUGUUUCGCCAACAGCACAAGAUGAUGCUGGAGCAGCAACAAGCAUUUAUGAAGCAGCAGGAAAAGCUGAUAGGCGAGAUUUGGCAGACAGCGCAGCUUAAGCAGACCGUGAAUGGGUCAGAGCAGCUUAGCGAUGUGCUGGCGGGCCAGGUGAAAGAUUUUCACUUCGAUCCGGAGAGCACGACGUUCGCCGGAUGGUUCUCGCGUUAUGAAGAUCUGUUCGAGAGGGACGCCAGUAAGCUGGAGGAUGACGCGAAGGUGCGGCUGCUGCUGAGGAAGCUGGGGCAAUCAGAGCAUGAGCGGUACACGAGCUACGUACUGCCACGUAAGCCGAAAGACUUCAAAUUCGCGGAAACUGUAAGUACGCUGAAAUCGCUGUUUGGUUCUCGUGAGUCAGAGGUCAGCAAGCGGUUUAAGUGCUUGCAGUUGCAGAAAAGUGGCUUGGAAGAUUACGUGACGUUCGGUUGCCGCGUAAAUAAGAGUGUCGUUGAAGCAGAGCUUGCGGGGCUGACAGAGGAGCAGUUUAAAUGUUUUUUGUUUGUGUGCGGGCUGAAGGAUGACAGAGAUGCCGAUGUAAGGUUGCGGUUGCUCAGCAGAAUAGAGGACAACGAAGUUACCACACUAACGCAGUUAGUCGAAUUGUGCCAAAAGAUGGUGACAUUGAAAAAGGACACCGUGAUGAUAGAGAGCGAGAAACAAAUAAACGUCGUGACUGACGGGAAGUAUAAUCGCAACGGUCCAAAGUGGCAAAUGAACCGCGGUAACGGAGGACGUGAUAUGCAACCGGCUAAGUCCACUACAAAAUGUUGGCUUUGUGGUGUGGGCACUAUGCUCAAAAGUGCACGUAUAGAAAUUACAAGUGCAGGCAGUGUCAAAAAUAUGGUCAUAAGGAAGGGCACUGUGGGGCAGCGGCACGUUUUAUCGCAUCGAAAACCCACAGCAAAGUGA